AUGGAAGACUUUUUUGAUUCUGAGGUCACUCUUCAGCCAACUCGCUGGCUGAUUGAGCCCCAUGGAAAAGUGCGGCUACUCCUGAAAUUCUUCUCAGAGGAGAUCGGAACCUACCAGGCAUCCCUGAGUUUCGAGGUUGUUGGAGGAAUCCACGAGAACGCGCCCGUUUCUAUCGCAGCCUCCGGCAUAACGGCGUUUCCAGGCAUUAGCAGCGACCCGCGCAAUGUCUUCACUCGGCGAGCGAAGAUGAAACCGGCCAGUGGAUAUGCUUCCAAGCAGUUCAUCCUCUCAACAGGUGUGUUCGACUUCGGGCCACUCCUCAUCGGCCGUAGUGCAGAUGCCCGUGCGGAUGCUGCGUCGGAUGCUCAUGUCAAGCAGCAUGUGGAAAGCUUCCGCAUCACCAACAACUCCUUGUUCAAGGCCCUGACAUGCAGCUAUUUGGGCAAUGUGAACGACGUGGUGUGA